CAUACCUACUAAGAUGCUGAUUGAGUUGACCAAUAGGUCCGUUGGCGAGGCAAGAGGAGUCAUAGAGAAUGUCCUGGUAAAAUGUGCUCAUUUUUUCUAUCCUGUGGACUUCGUGGUUCUCGACAAUGAAGGAUGUGAUGCAUCGAUUAUCCAAGGCCAGCCAUUCUUAGCCACAUCAAGGACUAUCAUUGAUGUGAGAGGAAUCCAGAUCACCUUAAGGUUUGGAGAUGAGGAUAUAAGCUAUAAGAAGACUCCAAUCCCCAAUUUGCACAAGUACUUUAAAUGGGAAGAUGUCAAGAUGGAUUGUGAGCCGGUUACACCUCCUACCACACCGCCUUCAAGCCCCAAGAUAGAAUGGUUCAAUAUGGUCACUCAUGUUGACCCCCAUGAUAGUGUAGAUGAAGGUAUGUUUGAUUCUUGCAAGAUCAUAAAGAGACCAGGUAAAGAAGAAUUUUCUCACGAAAGGGAUAUUCAAGAGUUGCUCAAAGUUUCUCAUCAAGCCAUCGAUCAUAGAAGGAAUCUAAAGAGAUUCAUCUUUGACGAGAGAUUCCCUAAGGAAAAAGGUCGGGAAGUUAAGAACAACCUAGCUCUUAUACUCGAAGAUGAAGAAUUCGGGGAAUGCUAUAAGUCAUUCACGGAUGAUGAUACAAGUACUAGGGAGUUUGUUUCCUUCAAUCCUACACAUCAACCUUCAGAUGAAUCUUUCCUCUUUCAAGCAGCGGAUGAGGAAUCCGAGAGACUCCAUGGUCUUCACUUGGGACUUCACCACAAGUAUGAUUUAUACGAAGGAUCAUUGGUGAAUGAGGGAGAUCUUGUCUUUUGAUCUCAAGGAGUCAAGUCCGACAAAAUACUUUUAAGGACGCGCUUGUUGGAAGGCAAUCCAAUAACUCGGUUUUCUUAUCUUUUUAUUUUUCUUUUUGAAUAAUUGUUUGAGUAGAGAUUAAGAUUGAUUUGAGAAUGAUUGAUAUGACUUAGCUCUUGCCUUGCCUUGUCUUUGGAUAGUUGAAUGCUUUAGAUGAAUGAGUAAGAUUAAGGAACUGGUGAAAAUAUGUGGUCUUGAUCAGGGUAAAGAUCGCGGUUGACACACCAAAGAUUGCGUCCGCGAUCUCAUGUAAACAACCCUUGAUCUUGCCCGUGCCUAUUUAAAGGGAACUUCCACAUUGCAUUCAUGUGUGGUCUCUUCAUCUCAUCUUUUAGAUCUACAUACCAUGUUUAUCCCACUUCUCUUAGCUUGUUGAGCAUAUCCUCUCUAGACUCAAUUUCUAACAUCUUUUGAGAAGAGUUGUUAAUUGCUUUUGGAUUCUCAACAUGUCUCCUAGUAAGGUAAGGUACACUUUCUCAUUAUCUCAUAUUUUAACCGCCUUAUCUUGCUCAUCAUGUAUUGAAUGCCUUGAGAUCUUGAAAUGCUCAUCUUCAUCUUGGCUUGACUACUUGAUGCGCUAGGAUUGUUCUUUUUUGCUUUAAUGAGCUUGCUAUGCAUUUUGGGAAACCUUAGUGGGCUAUUUCCGUGCACUUCUUUAGUUUUGCAAAGACAGUCCACCGAGUGUUCUUAAAAAUUCCCCAACUACAUAGUUUGCAUUAACUCGUUUGCAUUGUUUAUCUCUUAUUUGCUCGAUUUUGCAUUGACUUGGGAGAUUUUGCAAUUCAUUACCUUGAAAAUUCAUCUCUAUCCAAGUCCCCUCUCUCACCCAAGACUUAGUCUCACUCAAGUGUAGGGUGGGGAAGGAUCUUGGAGACUUGAUGGUAGUUCAUUGAAAAUUAUAUUUUUACUAUCUGAUGCAUGGAUUGAUGGUUUGUGAAUUGUGUACUACUUGUUUUGAUGGAUAAUAUACAAGAUUAAGGGGAUGGCUUGUGGUGAGAGUUCCUCCUCUCGUACCACUCACCCUAGACAAGGCCAUCGGAAGAAGAAUAGAAAAUCUCGUUCAAAGGAAGUAAUUGUUGAAGAACCUCAUCCACCAUCACUUCUCCCACAUCUAUCAAGGGAAAUUCACCAAGAUAACUGAUUUAAUAUCGGAGACGGCAUAGAGCACAUCACUCACUACUUCUUGGAACAUGUCACCGAGCAAUUUAAGACCAAACUUAUAUGGCUUCAAGGAAUUGCACUAGGCAAGAGUACAUGUCUCAACUGGAUACUCUUCACACAACUUGGGAUCGAGGAUGCAAUCUCGUCCAAGAUCCAGAAGACGGAAUGGCUUAAAUUGCUAUCCAUUCAAGAAAACAUAUGUCGGUUACUUGUUUUGGAGUUCAUUAACACUCAUACCAUUCAAGAUGUAAGAGGUGAAGCAGACCUUGAAGACAACAUCCAAUUACAACCAGGAGGAGAGAAUUGCCAACUGUCGAUCUGACAAUUGGCAAGAGCCAUUGCUACCUUGACAAGGGAAUCUGACUUCCCAUGUUUCAAGUCCUUCUAUGAAUCCGAAGUCAAGAGAUUCGAGCAUUAAGAAUUGGAUCAUCGUCUCGCCUCCCUUCAAGGAGCAGUUUUUGUCACUCGUCUAGCCAAGUAUUUCCAAGUCGACUUUGGGGCCGUGCAAUUCCAGUUGGAUAGUAGGACCACUCCUAUAUCCUUUGAAGUCUUCAAGUCGAAAAUCAAAGUUCUACAUAUGA